UAGGUCUCUUGUUAUGAAAGAGCUCCAUCAGUCUCUAAUGAAUGUGUUCUACAUGCAGGCUGAGGCUGUGCUACCUUCCCUAACACAGCGUAUAGCUACUGUAUCCUCUCCUCCAGCAGCAGCAGCAGCAGCACUGGGAAGCAGUAGCACAUUGGUUAACACUGUACAUAACCUCCUCACAAAUUGCACAGCUUCAGCAGCAACACAUCCAUUAGUCUGGAAAAGACAGCAUCCCCAAGUGGCUCCCGAGCAUUUUCCCCCCAAUUCUCCUGUCACCGUCCAAUCCUCUGUAUGCUCUCUCUGUAUGUAGGGAGUGUUCAACACUAAUCAGGUCAAUGAUCAUCCUAAGUCUCAAGGGACCUGACAGGAGCCUAUUGCCCUAGUUAGAAGAUCUCUCUCUCUGUCCAGGGUACAGUGCUUGGAAAUAUUAUACAGAGAUCAGUGACACAAUACCACUCUGUACAAGAGAAGCUCUCAGGAUUUCAGCUGGGCUGUAGUCAGAAGGAAAAGAGACAGCACGACCAGCACUUUCUCUACCUGCUGGGUGUUGGUUUGGCUUCUCGGACUGUAGGACAGAAAAGCAUCUCAAUUAAGAAACACCCUUUUACCAACUGUGUACAUGCUUAUCAAGACUGGCGCUAUGAAUAGCAUUGAUCAGUGUUAUCUGUGCUUGAUUGCUCCACCCUGCUGAGCCAGUCUGGAGCAUCGCAGAAGAGAUCGGACGGCGAGGAGGCAGAUUAUAUUAUUGCAGUUUGAUCUAUUUUUAAAUAAUCCAGAAAACCGGGGCUUGAAAAUGUCUUUUUACUUAAAACCUGUGUGUCAGAUAAAUAUGAAGCUGUGUAAUUCCAUAUCUGAUGAGGACUAUAUGAAACUAUAAACACUUCAAGGGACGGACCGCGGUCUUGUUGCAACUGUCAGUUAUGAUGGGUUUCUCAGAGUCUUUGUGUUAGUAGAUAAUUCAUUGCCUAUCUGGAAAGAAACUUUCUUUAAAACAGCACACAUAUGAUGCUCUUAAUGUGGAGAAGCAGAAUACCCUGUAUUGUUUUACCAAAAGGGAAUCAAUCUUUGUAACUAUGAAUCCAUUGGUGAAUUUCAAUGUGAGGAUAAAAUUGCCAGCUGAAGAAAUACUUUUUAUGCACAUUUUACAACAGUAGAACUUGUAUGGUGAGGAAAAGGUGCACAUCAAGCUGGAUCCUACAGUUUUACAGCAAGUGUUGGCGUUUUAACUACCAGGCUGUAGGGACGUCUUUUCCAAUGCUUACAAGGAACUGCUUAUCGCUGCUUCUUUGGUUCCUUUUUGAUGGAGGUCUUUUAACACCACUGCAUUCCCAGCAGCCGCCACAAACUUCAGCAUCUAAACAAAGAGAAAAUGUUAUCAUCACAAUGUCAGGAAGAAGAUCAGCAGCACAAAGAGUUAAACGUGGAUGGGUGUGGAAUCAGUUCUUUGUGCUGGAAGAAUAUAUGGGAUCUGAACCACAAUAUGUGGGAAAGCUUCACUCUGAUUUGGACAAGGGUAUUGGAUCAGUGAAAUAUACCCUCUUAGGUGAUGGAGCUGGAACAGUUUUCACAAUUGAUGACACUACAGGUGACAUCCAUGCUAUUAGAAGUCUGGACAGAGAAGAAAAACCAUUCUACACACUGCGCGCUCAAGCUGUGGAUAUAGUUACUGGGAAACCAGUGGAGCCAGAAUCGGAAUUCAUUAUCAAAGUUCAGGACAUUAAUGAUAAUGAACCAAAGUUUUUGGACGGCCCAUAUGUCGCCAGUGUUCCUGAAAUGUCUCCAGUCGGUGCCUACGUACUUCAGGUUAAAGCAACUGAUGCAGAUGAUCCUACAUAUGGAAACAGUGCCAGAGUGGUUUAUAGUAUUCUUCAGGGACAACCAUAUUUUUCUAUUGAUCCUAAAACAGGUGUCAUCAGAACAGCUUUACCAAACAUGGACAGAGAAGUCAAGGAACAAUACCAAGUUCUUAUCCAAGCUAAGGACAUGGGAGGACAACUGGGUGGCUUGGCAGGCACUACAACUGUAAAUAUAACGCUUACUGAUGUCAAUGACAAUCCACCCAGAUUUCCCAAAAGUAUAUUUCAUUUAAAAGUACCAGAGAGUUCACAUGUUGGGUCACCCAUUGGGAGAAUACGGGCAGUGGACCCUGAUUUUGGAAAAAAUGCCGAAAUUGAGUACAAUAUUGUUCCUGGAGACGGUGGGAAUCUAUUUGAUAUCAUAACAGAUAAUUAUACACAAGAAGGAAUUUUAAUCCUAAAAAAGCCUCUGGACUUUGAAACAAAAAAAGCCUACACAUUUAAAGUCGAGGCUUCCAAUGUCCAUCUAGAUUAUCACUUUAACUCAGUGGGACCCUUUAAAGACACUGCUACUGUAAAAAUAAACGUUCUGGAUGUUGAUGAGCCUCCGGUGUUCAGUAAACCAUCCUACACCAUGGAAGUGUAUGAGGACACACCUAUUGGCACCAUCAUAGGAGCUGUGACAGCACAGGAUCUAGACAUAGGAUCCAGUCCUGUUAGAUACUAUAUUGAUGAAAAAAGUAAUAUGGAAAAUACUUUUGCUGUUGACACAAUUGAGGGAACUAUCGCAACAAAUGAAUUACUAGACCGAGAAAGCACUGCACAAUUUAACAUAUCAAUAGUUGCAAGUAAAAUUAGUAAUCCCCAGUUAACCAGUUCAGUCAAUGUCAUCAUAAAUGUUCUGGAUGUUAAUGAAUUUGCCCCUGAAGUUACAGUGCCAUAUGAAACAUCAGUAUGUGAAAAUGCCAAGCCAAGACAGAUCAUCCAAAUUAUUGGUGCUGUUGACAGAGAUAUGUCACCUACAGGGCAGAAAUUUUCCUUCAGACUGCCACCUGAUGGUUUGACAAAUCCCAAUUUUACCAUCCAUGACUAUAAAAAUAACUCAGCCGGUAUAGAAGCACAGAGACAUGGAUACAGUCGACAAGAUAAAGAGUUUUAUCUCCUUCCAGUGGUGGUGGAGGACAGCAGUUACCCUAUCCAAAGCAGUACAAGCACAUUGACUAUUAGAGUAUGCAGAUGUGACUCAAGAGGGGCUAUACUCUCCUGCAAUGUGGAAGCAAUUUUUUUACCUGUUGGUUUAAGCACUGGUGCUUUGAUAGCUAUUUUGUUGUGCAUUAUUAUUCUUUUAGUUAUAGUGGUACUUUAUGUAGCAUUAAGAAGGCAGAAGAAGAAAGAUGCUCUGAUGACCUCAAAAGAAGACAUAAGAGAUAACGUAAUCCAUUAUGACGAUGAAGGAGGUGGAGAAGAAGACACUCAGGCCUUUGACAUUGGUGCCCUAAGAAAUCCAAAGGUAAUUGAAGACAAUAAGGGGCGUAGAGACAUAAAGCCUGAACCUUUGUGUUUACCUCGUCAUAAACCACAAGCAGAAUACAAUAGUGACAUCAGAGAUUUCAUCAAUGAAAGGCUGCAAGAGCAUGAUAUUGACCCAAAUGCUCCACCAUAUGACUCACUAGCAACAUAUGCAUAUGAAGGUUCUGGAUCUGUAGCUGAAUCACUCAGCUCUAUAGAAUCGCCAAGUAUGGAGCUAGAUCAGGAUUAUGAUUUCCUAAGUGACUGGGGCCCGCAAUUUAAAAGCUUGGCAGAAAUGUUCGGAGGAGAAAAUUUCAACACAGACAAACUCACUUAACUUUACACAAAUGGCAAGCAAUCGAAAAGCUUUAUCUAGACUAUGUAAAAAGAAACAUUUUAUAUUAAAAUGCUACAAUAUUUA